AUGAGCUCGAACUUAGUCGAAAUUAAAAGUAAACUAUGGAAUGGUACCAUUAAUAUUAAGAUUUCAUUUAUGGUUGACAAGAACUCAGAUCGAAAAGAAUUCUUAUUCACUGCUUAUCGAAAUUCUUACUUUCCCAUACAUUUUCCUUUAAUUAUUUCUUAUUUUAAGUUGUUUGAUAAACAUCUCCCAUAUCAGCCAAUAUGGUUGGAAUACGAUAGUGUUCCGAUAAAGUGGAAUUUACCUAUAGGUGUACUAUAUGACUAUUUGCGUUUACCUUCAGACUCUGAAAAUAGAGAUGUGGAAAACUGCUGGAAUAUACAAUUAAGGCAGAGUGACUAUCCUGUCGAGCACAUUAUCCCAUUCAUGUACAAGAAUGAAGACACUACUAUAGCAUACGAAAAAUCUUUGAAGGAACUAGUUGUGAAUCAAUUGAAACAAUCAUGUUUCGUUUUAAAUGGCACUUCGCGACCCAUUAUGAAUCUCAGUGAGCAUGAUUCAGAUGAUUUAUGGGAUUCUAUAAAAUAUCAUAAUCUAAGCCAAAAUUCUAAAAUAAAUAAUAAGAUAAUACCUGCGAAGAUUCAUAAAAUUCCGCUUAAAAUUUACAUUCAAGGUGCAUCAAAUGCAAUACAAGCUCCUGUAUCAUCACAGGAAGAAGGAAGACCCGUGAUAUUAGAUUCAGUUUUGAAAAAUCUCUUACCAGACCUAUUCGCUGGCUCGAAUAUAAUUGCUCUGGUUCAUAUUCAUGGUAUACAUUCAGAUUCUUUCAUGGGAAAAAAUGGACUCAGUAUUUUUGAACUUUGGAAUGUAUUCAAGCAUCUUGACAACUUUUUGUAUGUCUUUGUGAUUUUGAAAAAUGACAAGUGA